AUGCGGUGCUCUUCAUCCUCUACUGGAUGUCGUGCUUACAUGUGCGACACGAGUGUUCGUCACUCCAACUGUUUCAAGCAGUACCGCAAGAAAAACAUGAACCGUGUAACCAAGGUCAUGAACUGUCCUUACUGCAGAGGAGAAGUUUAUGAGGCGAUGAAGGUGCAGUCGGGUGGAAGGAGAGAUCUUAAUGCUAAACCGAGGUCUUGCGCUUUCGAGAACUGCAAUUUCUCUGGGACAUAUUGUCAGCUUAAGAAUCAUUUGAAAGCUGAUCAUCCCAGUUACACUCGACCCUUGGUCGACCAGGGGAGAGAGCGGGCGUGGGAACAGAUGCAGAGAGCAACUGAGUACAAUAAUAUCAAUGCUGCAGCUGGUCUCCCGCAUAGUGGCUUGGAGGUUUUGCAUCAACAGCUUCCCGAUGUUCCUCCUCGUCUGGUGAUUCUGCUCUGGCGUUCUUAA